AUGUUCUUCCAGACCGUCAAUAAUCCCGAUAUACCCUAUGUGGGCGAAGUCGAAGGAGGACUUUUCCCUGGAAAAAUGGUGAAAAUCCAGGGAAAAGUUCCAUCAGAUUCAGUCCGAUUUGCCAUAAAUUACCAACUCGGUCCAAAUUUGAAUCCCAGAGACGAUAUUGCGAUCCACAUCGCACCUCGUUUUGAAGAUGGAUUUAUCACUAGAAAUCACAUCCAGUCCAUGAAUUGGGGAGAGGAAGAAAACGGAGGUCCACUCUUGGUUCAGCCCGGCCAGGAUUUUGAAAUUAUCGUUCUCUGCAAGUACGAUUGUUAUAAAAUUGCAAUAAACGGACGACACUAUACAGAUUUCUACCACAGACUUCCUUACCAAAAAGUCACUCAUCUUACGAUUGAUGGAGACGUUGUGAUUUCUUCCAUAUUCUACGAAACACUUCCGGAUUCACAGAGAUCUCCCAGAGCUGCUCCUGUCAUUCCUGAUCUUCCACCUGCAGAUUUCGGCCCACCAAGACCCGGUGCUUUAUACCCUAACUUGGAUCCUUCUGCACCAAAUGCUCCUCCACAUGGAUUUCCCCCUGGAGGAUAUGGGCCACCACCAAAUUCUUUUGGUCCGCCAAGUUAUGGUCCAGGAGGUCCAGGAGGAGAUCCUCGAGGUUAUGGCUACGAACCUGGUCACCAAAAAGCAGAAGAAGAAGGAGAAUUAUCAGGCUUGGAUAAAAUGGGCCUCGCCCUUGGAGGACUGGUCGCUGCAGGAGGUGUAGCAGCAGCUAUGCACGCUUAUAACAGAAAGGAGCAGAAUCAGGACAACGAGCUUCAAGAUCACGAAAAAAAAGAAUCUUCCAGGAACCAAACAGAAGGUUUAAAUUUGGGAUCCUUGGGCGCUGCUCUUGCGAGUAGUUUAGCUGCUAAUGCCCUUUCGGGAGGAGGAGGCACUAGACCACAAUCAGCUGGAUAUCCUCCUCAAGAAUCUGGUGGCAUGUUGGGAUCUAUUCUGGGAGCUCUCGGAGGAGGAGGAGGAGGAGGAGGAGGUCAUCAGCAACCGGCUCCUCAGUCAGAUCCUCUGGGAGGAUUAGGUUCACUUUUAGGUGCUUUUGGAGGUGGUAAUCAGCAACCUGCCUACCAACCUUCGGGAGGCUACGGAGGUUAUCAACAAGGAGGAGGAGGAUAUCCUGGAGGAGCCCAAAGCUCCCAGGGUUCUGAUCUUUUAACGAAUUUGGGCUCAGCCCUUGGCUCCAGUUUGCUCAGUUCUGCCAUCGACGGAUUUUCAAAACGCAAGGACGUCGAUUCUUUCUUGCGAGAAGUGCAAUCUGCGUUAGAAGAGCAAUCGCACCACGAGGAUGAUCGUCCUUCGUAUGCACCACAACCUCAGAAUUUCGGAAGACAUCACGACUCAGCACCCCCUCAACCUUCUCCAAGGUCUCCUAGCCCUCCAGGGGGUGGAAAAUUAUCCGCAGCCGAAAUUUCCAAAGGUCUCGGCCUUGGCGAUGACGAAGAUUAAUUUAAACGAAUUAUAAAUAAUAUUUCAAUGGUUUUCAGCAGCACAUUGAAGUUUUGUCUGGCUUACUCUUUCACAUUCAAAAAACAUCACAAAGCUUUAACAGAGUGUCUGUCUUACCUGGAAAAACCUGAAUAGUUUAGAGAAUUUUUGUUUUCAAGUCAGGAAAUUUAUUCGAGAGCGUGUUUAAUUUUUUUUUAAUUGUAAUAUACAAUUGAAUAACAAUGUUUCUGCAUUUGUAAAAGUAGCUUUAUAUUACUAUUUUAGUCGAAAGCUUAACUAUGCCAGUUAAAUAUUUCACUAUUUUAGAUAAAAAUUCAUUUUUCUUAUCAAACAUUUUUUUUAUU